AUGGCUGGCGAUUCUAGGAAUGCUAUGAACCAGGAUAUGGAGAUUGGGGUCACUCCCAGGGACCCGAAGAAGAUCCCCAAACAGGCCCGCGAUUACAUCCCCAUUGCCACCGACCGUACUCGCCUGCUAGCAGAAGGCAAGAAGCCCCGCCAGCGCUACAUGGAAAAGAGUGGCAAGUGCAACGUCCACCAUGGCAACGUCCAAGAAACCUACCGAUACCUGAGCGAUCUCUUCACCACCCUUGUGGACCUCAAAUGGCGCUUCAACCUGCUUGUCUUCACCAUGGUCUAUACCAUCACUUGGCUGUUCUUCGGUUUCAUUUGGUGGCUGAUCGCUUACAUCCGGGGUGAUCUGGACCAUGUUGGUGACCAAGAGUGGAUUCCUUGUGUUGAAAACCUCAGUGGCUUUGUGUCUGCCUUCCUGUUCUCCAUUGAGACAGAGACCACCAUCGGGUAUGGCUUUCGGGUGAUCACAGAGAAGUGUCCGGAGGGGAUCAUACUUCUCUUGGUCCAGGCCAUCCUCGGCUCCAUCGUCAAUGCCUUCAUGGUGGGGUGCAUGUUUGUCAAGAUCAGUCAGCCAAAGAAGAGAGCAGAGACCCUCAUGUUUUCCAACAAUGCAGUCAUCUCCAUGAGGGACGAGAAACUCUGCCUCAUGUUCCGGGUGGGUGACCUUCGUAACUCCCACAUUGUGGAGGCCUCCAUUCGUGCCAAGCUCAUCAAGUCCCGGCAGACCAAAGAAGGAGAGUUCAUCCCCCUGAACCAGACGGACAUCAACGUGGGCUUCGACACUGGUGAUGACCGUCUCUUCCUGGUGUCUCCACUCAUCAUCUCCCAUGAGAUCAACGAGAAGAGCCCUUUCUGGGAGAUGUCCCGGGCCCAGCUGGAUCAGGAGGAGUUUGAAGUCGUGGUCAUUCUAGAAGGGAUGGUGGAGGCAACAGGCAUGACUUGCCAAGCACGGAGCUCCUACAUGGAUACCGAGGUGCUCUGGGGCCACCGAUUCACACCAGUCCUCACGUUGGAAAAGGGUUUCUACGAGGUGGACUACAACACCUUCCAUGACACGUACGAGACCAACACGCCCAGCUGCUGUGCCAAGGAGCUGGCCGAAAUGCAGCGGGAAGGCCGGCUCCUCCAGUACCUCCCGAGCCCGCCCCUGCCGGGGGGCUGUGCUGAAACAGAGGCCGAGCAAGAGGGAGAGGAUGAGCCUGAGGGGCUGAGUGAGUCCCGGGAGAACAGGGGCUCCGUGUGA